CUCGUGGAGGAUCUUCUCGCGCCGGAUGUUCGAGGCGGAUGUCGAGGAUGUGACAGGUUGCCAGGACGUCGCGCGAUCGUUACGAGUACUCGUCUAUCUACCGAAGAGAUGGCCCUCGAGAUACUGCUGGCGUGCUUACUUAUUAUUGCGACAGCGUCGCCGGAGGAUCAUCAUCGCUCGCCCUCGCACAGCAGCCACAGAGUCGUCUGGCCGGUCUGGUAUCGCGACAGACUCCUUCAUGUCAGACACGAUCGUCAGGACGACGUUCGUGAAACGACCACUACGAGGGCCCCGUGGAUCCCGUCGCGGCCGCAGCUGUCCGCGACGAGAUCACCGCAGCAGAUAAACCCCUUGGCGUCGAGGCAUCAUCAUGUGGAGCACAAGCUCGGUGUUGUGAUAACGGAGCAAGGUGAUACCAGGGCGACCGCGUACGCGGGUUAUCAGGGUAAUCAUCGGCAUCAAUCGAGAGAAGCUGUCACGCAGAGCUAUCAGCUAGUUCCGACAACACCUCCCACGUACACCAGACAUCAUGCGGGGAGGCGAGUGUGUACGAGACAAGCUCCUAUAACUUCUCAUCAUCAUCAUCGGGGAAAACAAAUUAGAUUAGUGUACACCGAGGUCACUUCCAGCUUUUUUUGUUGUCCGGGAUGGUCGCAAGUUACUCAUUUGAGUUUUGGUUGUAAUAAACCCACGUGUCCAGUGUCAUGUCUGAACGGUGGAAUUUGUACAUCACUUGGUAAAUGCACGUGUCCUAAGGGUUAUACUGGUAAUCAAUGUCAGACAGACGUGGACGAAUGCACGAUAGAAAAACCGUGUGGACAACUUUGUAUAAAUGUACCCGGUAGUUAUCGAUGUCAUUGUAGAAUCGGGUUUCAACUUCAGCAAGAUGGUCAAUCCUGUCGGAGAAAUGAUACUGAUGAAAACGCUUUUGAGGCUCGCGACUUAGAAAAUAAUUUUUACGACAUAUCGACAACAAAAGAUCCGAUUACUUCUGAUGAUGCAGAAAACGAGCUGAGUGAUGAUGAUCAAGACUACGAAAUCAUUUUAAAGAGAUUGACUAAACUAGAAAAGCAAGUGGCCAAAAACAGAAAGAGAGAUACGGAGACUUCAGAGAUGAACACCAAAGUUACAUUAGCGAUCGAGAGCGUUAACGAUAUGAAAAGAAGUGUCGAGAACAUGCAACUGAUGCAACAAGAAAUAUAUGAUAUGAGAAGUAAACUGAAACAAUACGAGACAGAAAUGAGAAAGAUACAUCAUCUGAUGAAUCGUGUAGCAGAAUUAGAAAAUCGUUUGAGAAUACGCUGCAGAUCGGUGAUACCAAUAAACAGUGGGUUGAAUUUUUAGUAUUGCCACAUCAUUCUAUUAUCAGUACUAUUUAAUACUAAUAAUAGAUAGUAGUAUUUUUACGAAGUUUUUAUUCAGUUGGAAUGCUGUAUGAAGACAAUAUUUAAAAUGAAAGAAAUAGAAAAAAAUGCAGAAUAUUCUGUAACAGAACAUUUAUUUUCAAAUCAUAGAAUGAUGUUGGUUUUUAUAUCGAAGUUGCUGUUAAUUUUAGUCAUAAAAUUUACAUUGAAUUUUCUACCAUGAAAUACCACUGUAUGUAAUAUUUGUUAUAUUUUAGAAACUAGUAUAAUAGUAGUAGUAUAAUUUAAAUAUGAUUAUUGUACUUAAUCUUUCUAUAUAAUAAACAAUG